GCAUCAACACGCUCUUACAAUUUUUAACGUCCCGCGUGUUUUGCUGCAUUUUACAAGUGAAGAAAUACAAAUCAGUGAAUUUUGUAUAAAUAUUUUACUAAAUAACAGAAAGUGUUAAAAAUGUCGACCUCGCUGCAGGAGCAAUUGCAGCGGCUGGCCGUGCCGCAGACUAUGACAUUGGCUGAUUCGCGUUCGAAAGCUUCCGUACUCUUCGAUCGCAAAGAAGCUGGCACUAAAACACGGCGUAUCAUAUAUGAAAUAGGUUUGGCAGGUUUGCAGGAACUCAUCGCACUGAAUCCCAUCUUUCAGACUUUUGAAAAUACCCUCUUCAAUGAAACCACAAUUGAUUUGGAACGUUCCGUUGAGCAGAAAGACGUUAAUAUACUACUCGAUCGCAAUAUCAGUAAAUUCCUACAACACUUGUCGCCAUACUUCUUGUUGCGCCCCACGCUCAUGUGUUUGGAAUGGUUAAUACGUCGUUUUCAUAUACAAGAAUAUAAUCGCAAUGCGCUACUAGCUUUGGCAUUGCCAUAUCACGAAACGAAUACGUUCAUAUUAAUAUUACAAGUGAUACGUAUUAAACAAGCCGAUCAAGAAUGGAAUUGGUUGCAUCCAUUGCAAAAACCCGGUGUGCCUGUGCCGAAAACAGUGCUAAUCAAUCGAGCGGCAAGCGAUGUAGCCUUCUUGAAAUUCGUUUGCCAAGCAACAUUGGACGCUGUAAAAGAGUUGGGCACACGUGCCAACUCGUUGCAAACACAACUGAAUUUUUAUGCUUCCGUUGUGGUUGGCGCACUUGAACACGCGGCGAGAGUAGAGGAGUGGCAUAUAAUUACUAUACUACCUUCACUACUUAAGGGUUUACAAUCUGAAGUAUUGGAUUUUGCAGCGGCUUCUUAUAUUGUGGGCACACAAUUGGUGGCGCGUACACCGAUAACUCCGAAAUUGUGUAAUGCUUUGGUAGAGCGUGCUGCAUCUGUGUCCUUGGAACGUUUACGUCAAACAGCGAUCUUAUUUCUAGUAUUUUUGUUUGAUAAGCAGCAUCGCGCUAAGCCGCAAUUCAGUGAAAAUACUUUAUUGCAUUUGGCAACACAAAAAUGGUUUAUCGCAAAUUUGGCCGCCUUGGCUAAAAGCAAUGUAUAUUUGCAUGCAUUGUAUGUAGCGCUGUUGCAACAAGCGCUGAGCGCCAUACAAGCCGAGCACAAAGAUUCGGAAGCUUUGAAAUCGUUUCUGGAACGUUUAUUAAAUGAGGUGGCGCUAAAUGAUGAUUCGGCGCAGGAAAUAAUUAACGCUUUUCUAAAUGCAUACGAAGAGCAGCCGUUGUCACCACAGAAAGCGUUACAGGACGGUGAAAUGAUUGAGCUCAGUUCGGACGACGACGAGGAAAUGGUAAAUAAUAAUAGCAAUUUCCAGGCUUGGUAUUCUGAAUACUUGCGUAAGCUCGAACGAAAAUAUCCAGUCGCAUUCGAUCACACCAUAAAAGAGGGUCUAACCUCAAAUUCACAAGAAUUCGCCAGCAAACGCAGUGUGCUUAAAAUGGCCUUAGGUUUCCGUUUGAAAACGUUUGAUUCAAGCGCCACCGAUAUCUACGAACAACUCUACCACCACACAGCCAAAAUACGCGCCUUUGCCGUGCAAACACUUUUAGCAAACUUGCGCGAUUACAGCGCGCGUCCACAAAAUCUGCAUUUACUGCGGGAAUGCCUCGCCGACCGCAUAGCUGACGACAGUGAAUUGGUUGUUAAAGAAAUAUUGAAGUUACCAACGGCAGAAUUUGUGCAAGUGUUAGGCGCUGAUAAGGUAGCCGAAGCUUUAAUUGCCAUUUUGAAUAAAGUGCAACAAGAUGCCGAGCACUGGGCGCCUUUAACAGCAGUGACCGUGCAGCAUUUGACAAGCCGCGAGAUUGUGGAGACUUACGACACUAACAUAAUACUGUUAGCUUUAAUGCCGCUGCUCUUCCCAGACAGCAGCAGCAGCAAUACCUUUCAGGCCAUUACUAGCAUACUCAAAAGUCCGCUAAGCGCGAAGAUUGGCUUCUUGCAAGAGCUGCAAUUGGUGCGUGAUAGUGAAAGCUUCAAUGCCGUGGAAUUCAAAAAACAAUUUCUCGAUGUUAUCUCCAAAUCAACAGCUACGCCGACGGGUUUGAGUCUCUUCCACAGCGCAGAGACGCAUGGUGAACGCAUCUUCAAGAACGCUUUACAUUUUUCACACUUCUUGUUGUUGGCCACUGCAUGCUUGAAAACCGAUUUGACUGGCACCGAAGCGGGUUACGUAUUCACCCAAAUACGCACAACCUAUCGACGCUUUCGCGUGCGUCAACUCGAAAGCAAACAAUGGGAUAUGGUCGAGAAAGAGAAAUGCAUACCGUUGCAAUUGUUCUCCGAUUUUAUCGUUUCGCUCGCGCAACAUACACAUUUCGAGCAUCUCUUCGAGUGGGAGCAAAUACACGAUGAUCUACGCACAUUUUUCGACAUUUUCAACCUACUCGCCGAAGAGGGUUUCCAACAAACCAAAGCGGCCGCACAGCAAACCGAAUGGCUCCGUACUCUAAAAGAAGUUUUCGACCACAUCUUCGACAACGCGCAGCAAAAGUUGGAAUUCCUCAGCAAUUUCUAUGUAUAUGAGAGCAAUGCCGCACUUGGCGCCGACUAUGCGCUGCUGCGUUUGCGCGCCUUCAAGCUAACCAAUGCGCUAUUCAAAAAUAAAAACAACAAGUUGCACAUCAACACCUCACACGUGUUUCGCAUAGCUAGCGCUUUGAAUGCGCCCUCGGAGACAACGCGCCUGCAAGCGCUCGAAACACUACAAGUGUUAAAGGCGUGCGCGGAACUAAGCGCUCCGCUACAGCACUUUGUCGACAGCAUACUGGCGCGCAGCUAUGAGUUUAGCAUGGAUCACGAGCAAUUCCCACUCAUACUCUACACCAUACUGAAGCCGACGCAUAAGAAGCAACAGCCGCAAAGCGUGAAAGUGUUGCGCGAAAUUGUGCAGCUGGUCACCGCCGAGGAUGCGCUCAAACAUGCCGCAUUCACCGCGCAGAUACUGAAAACGCUCAAGCAUAUAGACGAUGCCAGUUUGCUCAUCGACUUGAUACCGCUGGGCGCGCGCACGCUCACGCAGACGCAAGUCGAGGACGCCUUGUUGCUUUUGCCGCAACCCUACAGCACCAUAUUGCAAUUGAUAUGCGAUCGCUUUGACCAUCAAACCAUCGGCACGGUGCUAUUGGAUCAACCAGCCGCUUGGCAAUUCAUCGUGCAGCUAUUCGGCGCGCACAAUGUAUACAUACAACAUGGCGGUAAAUUGCGCGCAGUGCCGUGUGUGCUGCUCGAGGCGCUCGACGAGUACUGCUACGAACAGAUACCGCAAAAUUACAAAACCGACUUGAUCAAAUUGAUUGUGCAAACGAUGGCCGCUACCGACACCGAUGCCGUCUUCUUAAGCGCCAAUAAAUUGUUGAAGCGUUGCAGCAUCAACUGCGCGCCAUUGGUGGAAUUGUUAGCGCAAAUGUCGCGCAUUGUCGAAAACAAUGAGGCGAGUGCUGGCGCGGCGGCUAAGCGCAAGUCAAAUGCCACAUCGGCCACCAAGCGCGAUGCGGAAACACAAAACCAACUCACAACGCAAGUCACCACCAAGGCGUGGAAGCAAGGCGUCGCCUUGUUGGAACUGCUCGAGCACAAGAAAAAGCUCGAGGAAGCCGAGCAGCUGCUGCCCGCGCUCUUCGAUUUGCUGCGCUUCUGUUUGGAAUUGGAGGAGCAAGCUGUGGUGGAGUACACCAAACAGCUGACGCUCUCUACGCUGCUGCAUUGCUGUCAGCUGGCGCAAGCGUCCGGCGUACAAUUGGCGAAAGUGUUGCCCAAGUCCACGUUCCGCAUCGAUUUGAUUGUGCAGUGUGUGCGCGGCGCGCAAAAUCCACAAACGCAAAAUAAUGCUUUGGUGUUGUUGUCACAUUGCGCGGCGCUCUUUCCGCACCAGGUGCUGCAUAGCGUGGUGGAUGUCUUCACAUUUAUGGGCUCGUCGGUGGUGCGUCACGAUGAUGCCUUCAGCUUUCACAUCAUCAAUAAUGUGAUCGAAUCGAUUGUGCCGAUUUUGGUGCGUUCACGGCAUGCCGACGGCGCUGUGGAUAACACGAGCACCGUCGAGCUGGUCAUACCGGUGCUGAAGGUGUUCUCCGACAUACUCUUGGACGUGCCGGAGCACCGCCGUUUGUCGCUCUACAGCAAACUGCUGCUGACGCUCGGCGCCGAGCAGUUCUUAUGGAUUUUCCUUUGUAUAGUCUUCGAAGCGCAUGUGCUGGAGGAUGAGAAGCAGCGUCUCUCGCAGCGCAAGCACAAGAAUGAUAAGCCCAGCGGCCCAGCAGCGGCGGCGGCCGAGAAGUACUCCAAACGUUUGGAAAUCUGUCUGGACCUGACCAACCAAUUUGCGCCCGAAAUUACGCUCGACACUUGCAUUGAGCUGCUCGGUUAUAUCAAAUCAUUGCCGAUGGAUAAAGCGGAUAAGGAAGAGGCUAAAGGCAAAGCUAAGAAAACUAUCGACGCCACCGAGCAGUGCUUGUUCGAUGUGAAGUGUCGCACCGCCAAACAAUUGCGUCACUACAAAUACGUGAUUAUGCAAUACCUUUCGGGUAUUUCGAGUUCACCACAAUUUUUGCGUAAGAUCGCCUUGCUCAGCGAUGCCGAACAGUUGGCCAUAAAGCCAUAUUAUCAAAAUUUCAUCAUAAAAACACUCUCGUACAUACCGUUAGUGAAUACAGCCAUCGAAACUGUUGAGGAAACAUCACAAUUGAAAUUCUGGAAAGUCAUACUCCAUCAUCUGCACGAUGUGUUGGACAAUGCCAUCUCAUUGCUAUCGCCGGAUAUGUUCCUCGUGGUCGUAUACGGUCUCAUGCGUCAUCAAUUGGUCUCCAUACGCAAGAAAGUCAUCGAAUUGCUCAUUAAUAAACUACAACAACGUGAUGGCUACUUCGAUCGCAGUGAUCCACAAAAUUUCUAUAAUCUUCUAGAGCCGCUUAGUGAUAUCACCAUGGGCAUACUGACCCAACACGAGUCGUCGUCCGCCACACCGGGCACUGCUUCACCUUCCACGCCCACCAAUGAGUUGGUUUUCCUGCAGCAGACCGCGCUCAUUGCCAUCAAGCUCUUAUCGAAAAUGUUUGCUUUGCAACAUAUUAAAGAGUUCAAGGAGAUACUCGCACAUCUCAUCAAGGUGCUGAAGCAACGUUCGAAGAUUUCGAAAAUCGUCUUGGCUACAGUGGUGCUCACCAUUAUAGAGAUCUCGUCGAACUUGAAGGCUCACUCGUUGGCUCUGCUGCCGAAAUAUAUGCCUCAAAUGGUAGAUAUUCUACAGGAUCAAGCGAAAUUAGUGCAGUCUCAGCUGCCGGAUAAUGUCUGCAUCGCUAUCAUAACAGGCACGCAAAAACUCUUCGAAUCGCUGCCACUCUUCCUGGGACCGUAUGUCGUCGACGUCAUAACCGCCUUGAGUACAAUUUCCGCCAACAUCAGCGCACAACAAUCGGAACGCGAUCAGCGCGCCGCCACCGCCCUACAUCGCAUCAGCACAAUUUGGUCGAAGAUCGCCAGCGAUGUGCCGGUCCGCAUACUGGUGCCCAGCUGUGAAAAGGCCUAUCGCAAGCUAAUGGCUGCACACAAUUACGCCGAUAUCGCUGUGCUCAUGCAACUACUGCCCGAAUGCAUAAAUAAAUCACCGAGCGCCGACCUGACAGCCGUACAAAGCGAAUUGGGCGCAUUCUUCUUGCACACCCUGGAAUUCCGCCUGCAGGUGCGCAACAAUUGUGAGCGUGAACGUGUCGCCAGCACUGAGACGGUCAUCAUUGAUGCAUUCGUCACAUGGGUGCUGAAACUAUCCGAAAGCAGUUUCCGUCCAUACUACCAGAAAGUCUACGAAUGGGCCAUCAAACAGCGCGCCGAACGUGAAACCAUACUCACCUACUUCUUGCUGACCAAGAAAAUUGCCGAAGCGCUCAAGACGCUCUUCUCGCUUUUUGCACGUGACAUCAUCGAUGAUGCGGCGAAUUUGCUCAAUGUAUAUAAUGCGACAAAGCAAAAUAUCGAAGCCGACCAGGAGGCACUCACUAGCGAUAUUGUCAAAUCCAUUUUGAGCACGCUUUACACGCUCUUCCUGCACGACAGCAAGGGUUUCGUGAACAAUCGACGCUUUGAGGUGCUUAUGCAGCCGCUGGUCGAUCAGUUGGAGAAUCGUUUGGUGUUGGAGAGCGAAGAAUUGCAACAGGCUUUGCAGAUGUGUGUCGCCCAACUGGCUGCGGCCGCCUCCAAUGACAUAAUGUGGAAGCAACUGAACUAUCAGGUGUUGAUGAAGACACGCACCAAUGUGCCGGAGGUGCGCAUAUUGUCCUUCAAUUGUUGCCUGGAGAUUGCACGUAAGUUGGGUGAAGACUUUACGCCACUACUGCCGGAAACGGUGCCUUUCGUGGCUGAGCUGUUGGAAGAUGAGAAUCAACGUGUCGAGAAGAAUACACGCAAGGCGGUGCAAGAGUUGGAGAAUAUACUUGGUGAAUCGUUGCAGAGUUACUUAUAAGUUUGCUGAUAGAAGAUUUGAAAAAUGUCUUAGAACUUUUAAUAAAUAUUUGACGAAGAUCUGCAUGAAGUAAUGCAUCCAUGCUGGUUUUAAAAUAUAACAA